AAUGCCAGUAGUGUUCUUAGUGUAUAUUAAAUGUUCUAAAGUGACUGUUUGAUGAUCAUUCAGAGGUUCUUUUCUGCAGCGGGGCAUUGGUCAACUCUCCAGACAGCAAAAUGGCAAAACUCCUCACAGCUCUCGGUGUUCUGCUCGUUCUUCACCUCGCUUCUUCCAGUAAGCUGGUGUGCCACAUGACCAACUGGGCCCAGUACAGACCCAGCACUGGCAAAUUCACCCCACAGAACAUCGACCCCUUCCUGUGCACCCACGUCGUCUACGCCCUGGCCACCAUCAACAGCUUCAACCAGAUCAGCCCCGUGGAGUGGAACGAUGAGCAGCACUACAGCACCCUCAACAACCUCAAGAACAUCAAUCCUGCACUGAAGACUCUGUUGUCUGUUGGAGGCACAACCAAUGGACUGAGCCCGUUCAUUGCCAUGGUUGCCAAACCUGAGAGCCGUGCAGCCUUCAUCAGGUCUGCCAUCAGCUUCCUGCACACUCAUAACUUUGAUGGGCUGAACCUGGCCUGGGAAUAUCCUGGACAAAAUGGCAGCCCAGUGGAGGACAGGGAGAGGUUCACUCUGCUGGUUCAGGAACUAUCCACAGCCUUUGAGGACGAUGCCAGAGAGAACAGGAGGACACAGCUGUUGCUGUCAGCCAACGUUGCUGGAUUACAACAAACCAUUGACCAAGCAUACGAAGUCAACAAGAUUUCACCUCACUUUGACUUCAUCAAUGUCAUGACCUAUGACUUCCAUGGACACUGGGAGGCAGUGACUGGACACAACAGCCCACUGUACCAGAGCCCCGUGGACACCGGCUCACAAGCCCAUCACAACAUAAACUCUUCUAUAUCCUACUGGCUGUCUUUGGGAGCUGAGCCUGACAAGCUGCUGUUGGGUUUCCCUACAUAUGGAAGAACCUUUCGUCUCAGCAGUGGUUCUAAUGGCCUGGGGUCUCCAGCCAAUGGCCCUGCAGAUGCAGGACCCUACACUCGCACUGCUGGUUUCUGGGCUUUCUAUGAGAUCUGUGAUUUCAUCACCAGUGCUACUCUUGGAUGGAUCCCUUCACAGCAGGUUCCAUUUGCCACCUAUGGCAGUUCCUGGGUGGGCUACGAUGACAGGGCCAGCUAUUCCUCCAAGGUCCAGUGGAUGACUGCCAACAAACUGGGAGGAGCUCAUGUGUGGACGAUGGACAUGGAUGACUUUAGUGGAUCCUUCUGCUCAGCUGGAGCUUAUCCUCUCAUCAACCACCUCAGGAUGUCGAUGGGCUUCGCUCCAAAGCCCACCACCACUGCAGCCCCCACCACCACCCCAGACCCCAUAGCUGCGUUCUGCCGGGGACGCCCUGAUGGGUUGUAUGAGAACCUUGCUGAUAAGACCACCUACUUCCAGUGCUUCCAGGGAAACACCUACCUGCACCGCUGCCAACCUGGACUCAUCUACUGGGACUCCUGCAAGUGCUGCAACUGGCCCUGACCACAGAAACAUGAACGGCAAAAAUACAGCGAGUCCAUGCAUGUAUCAGACGGAAUUAUGUUUCAGAUCAAUCUUUUCACAGCUUUCCCUGGUUAACCUUUGUUACAACAAUAACUCUGUUAGCUAGCUCACUGCUCUCUUUACCACAAUAAAAAUUAAACUUACUGACAUUGAUUACUUGUACCUUUACCUUGUUUCAGAGAAAAAGUGGAAAGUUUCUCUACAUGUUUCUUGUAUAUUGAACAUUAAACUUUACAUUACCAAAAGAA